AUGGCAUCCUCUUCCGGCCAUAAACAACCCACGCCUUUCCCUCAUGGCGCCUUUCUGCCCAAUGGUCAGUUCGACAACCAGCAACGAGAUCCUCCUCUUCCUCCCGACCAUCCCACCAUCGGGUAUAAGCUGAACCACUUCAUGUUGCGGAUCCGCGACCCGGCCAAAUCCAUUCCAUUCUACGUCGACAUCAUGGGGAUGCGGACCGUCUUCACCAUGAACGUUGGCCCCUUCACCAUCUAUUACCUCGGGUACCCGCAGACCGACGAACACCGGGCAGACCUGAUGAAAUUCGGCGCCGACACCGCCGCCAAGCUGCAACAUACCUUGGGAUUGUUGGAGCUGUAUCACGUCCAUGGUUCGGAGAAACAGGAUCCGGGUUACUACUCGACGGGCAAUGAGCCGGGGCACCUUGGGUUUGGCCAUCUGGGGUUCACCGUGCCCAGCGUUCCAGAGGCCCUGAAACGAAUGAGGGAGCACGGCGUCGAGAUCUUGAAGGAUCUAGGCGUCUGCACAAGAGAGAGCAUCCCGAUCAGUGACUGGGAGAACGAGCGCGGCAUCGGCGUCGAGGUCAAGGGGACUGAAAGCGAGAUCCACGACGAGUACAGAAAGGUCUUUGACAGGAUUGCCUUUGUGAAGGAUCCGGAUGGAUAUAUCGUCGAGUUGGUGCCGCAGAAUAUGCGUCCUCUAGACCCCUAA